AUGCCAGGGCACUCCACCUUGCGUUCUUGGCACUACAGCUCAAUGUGGUGGCGAGCCAGUUGGGCCAUGCACAGUUCACAGAUGUCCAGCAGACCAUUUUCGAAUCCAGCAAGUUUGCCGUUCUCAGCCUGGCACGCGUCGGAGGCGUCAGUGGUGAGCUGGAGGCUCGGGUCUAUGUCACAAAGGCUACCCCCACUGCCGACUUCGUCUUCGAGAAUACCACCGUAA